AUGACUAGACUAGUCCUGUCCCGCAAAUCCGACUUGGAUCUUCCCCGGCGCUUCUACGAUACCGAGCCAUGUCGGCGCCAGUCGGAAGUACAAACGGGUGUGGUUUCGCCUGAAAGCUAUACCAAGCCGUACUGCGACUUUAUGACCGCGAACCCGACUAUUUUCCAUGCCGUUGCGGCUUUCAGCCGCCGUCUCGCCGAUUGCGGAUUCACGAAAUUAUCAGAGCGCGACGUCUGGACUUCGAAGUUGAAGCCAGGUGGCAAAUACUACUGCACCCGCAAUGAUAGUGCGCUUAUUGCGUUUAGUAUUGGACAUGAUUAUACUUCUGGAAAUGGGGUUGGGGUGGUUGCUGGCCAUAUAGAUGCAGUAUGCGCUAAAUUGAAACCUGUGUCCAAACUACCGACCAAAGCCGGCUUUGUGCAACUGGGUGUGGCACCCUAUGCGGGUGGGCUGAGCUCUUCUUGGUGGGAUCGAGACUUGGGAAUUGGUGGCCGUGUUUUGGUUCGACACCCGAAAUCUGGUAUUGUUGAAUCCAGGUUGGUCAAGCUAGAUUGGCCCAUUGCAAGGGUUCCGAGCCUUGCAGUGCACUUUGGAGCUGCAUCGCAGGGCCCUUUUAAUCCUGAAACACAAGCUGUCCCUAUCAUCGGACUGGACAACUCGGAUGUUCUUGGAAAAGACUUGAACGAUGUUGGUGGUGGCAUUGAAAAAGGAACGUUUGCCGCUACUCAGCCUGAGAGAUUGGUGCGAGCGAUCUGUAAAGAGCUUGGAAUUUCUGAUUAUAGCACAAUCUUAAAUUGGGAACUGGAGCUAUUCGAUACUCAGUCUGCCCAGGUUGGUGGCCUUGACAAGGAGUUCAUUUUUGCUGGUCGGAUCGACGACAAACUUUGUUGCUAUAGUGCUCUAGAAGGUCUUCUAGCCUCGUCAGAAAAAAAUUCCACAGGAAUAGUCAAGAUGGUUGGGAUGUUUGAUGACGAAGAGAUUGGUAGUUUAUUGCGACAGGGUGCUCGAUCGAACUAUAUGAGCAGCGUUAUUGAAAGAAUUGUGGAGGCAUUUUCCCCAAACUACGGCCCCAAUAUCCUUUCGCAGACGGUUGCAAACAGCUUUUUGGUGUCAUCGGAUGUUACACACGCCGUUAAUCCGAAUUUUCUCGGCCAGUAUUUGGAGAAUCACUCACCUCGUUUGAACAUCGGGGUGACCAUUGCUGCGGACCCUAACGGCCAUAUGACAACUGAUAGCAUUAGCACUGCUCUGCUUCAGAGGGUAGCGGAUAAAUGCGGCUCCACACUCCAGGUGUUUCAGAUCAGGAAUGAUAGCCGGAGUGGAGGAACUAUCGGCCCUAUGACAAGCGCUCAGAUUGGCAUGAGAGCAAUCGAUUGCGGUAUCGCUCAACUAAGCAUGCAUAGUAUCCGGGCAACUACCGGAAGCCUGGACCCCGGGCUGGGCGUCAAGCUGUUUGCCGGUUUCUUUGAUCACUUUGAGCAGGUUGAUAAAGAGUUCCAACAUAUGUAA